AUGGCAGAAGAAAACAAGACUGUUGCAAUAUAUUUAUCAUUAUCACAAGAUGCAAAUGCCAUCAACAUGGAUCAUCUAAGACGAAUUCGGAGUAUUUAUCAGGAUUUGACAAAAGUCGAUGAUUUGGACGAUCAUGAAAUUGACGAAAAAGCUUUAGAUGAUGUUUGUCAACAAUUAAACCUGAGCAAGGAAGGAGUCGAUAGAGAAUAUUUAAGAUUGUGUGUCAAAUAUGACGAUAUUCAUAGAUCGAAAAUGGGAUUGAAAGCUCUAGAUCAAACAAGUUCGAUUUUGGCAAACAACAAAGUGAAUUCAAGGUCAACGCCAAGUGAAGCUAGUUCAUCAACUAUUCCAAAAUCGUUAAACAAUAUAGAUAUAAACAAUAGAAAUGAAACAUCAUCGGUACCACAACAGCAAACACCACCAGUAGUCUUAAACGAAUGUGUAUGUGUAUUAAGUAUGAAGAUGGAUACAGAAGAAAUUCAAGAUUUCAUCAGCAAUUUUUUAUUUCAACAACUUCAAAAGCAGUCAUCAACAACCAACAACGCCUCAGCAUCAGAUCAUUUUCGACAAUCGCCACAACACUCAACUUCUACUACGAUUGUAACCCAAGAUCGAACAAAAUUACCAUUUGGGUGUGUACUCGAUUUAUUUAUUCGUCAUCAAUUAGAAAAUCGAGGCAUAAUUUCAUUUGUUCAUGCACAAACACGAUUUCGCCUUGUCGAACCAAUCAGUCUUACAGAUGAUUUUAGUACGUGGCAUUUUGAUCAUUUUCAUGAUCUAUUUGAUAUUUGGUUAAAACCAUGUUCUACUCAAUUGUUUCCAAAGCAAUGGCGUUUUGCUGACAAUGGUCAGAUCUAUUAUCAAGUAAAUGAUGCAUAUAAUAAAAUCAAUGAUGAUACAGAAACAAUGACAAUUGAACGACCAAAUACGAGUUCGUUGGAAAGUUUCAUACGUGAUAUAUGCUUGAAAGAAAAUAAUGGCAUGACUGAUGUAUGGUUGAAACAACUGCGAGAACUCGAAGAUAUUAUAACAUAUUCUCAUUUAGCUAAUUUAAAAGAGACUGAUUGGAAUGGAAUAGUUAAAUUAUCCAUGAAUGCCAAAAAAACAAUAAAAAAAUAUGUCGAUCGAGAAAAACAAACAGCUGAUGAUGAAAAACGAAAAACAAUUGCAAAGAAAGAUGAGAAUCAAAAUGAAAAAGAAAAACAAGGUACAAACAUACUUUUUUCAGUAUACUCAUUUUCUUUUUUAAAUUUUUUUUUCUUAGAAUCUGUAACAUCAUAUUCAAAAUCGGAAUUAUUAGCAAAUUUACAUAUGAUCAAAUUAUUCUUUUACCAUUCAUUAAAAGAUAAUUUCGAUUUGAAACAAAGUAAAAUAAUAGCAAAAUUAAAUCCGGAAUGCGUCGAAUUAUCAUUUAACGAAAUACGUGAAGAAGGAUUUUCAGAUGACGGUCUAUUUGAUAAUAUGAAAGAAUUUUUUCUUCCAUUAACAAUAACUGAACAUGAAUUGAAGAUGGAACGACAUAAUCAUCAAAAUCUUCGUAAACAACGAGAAGAGGAACAACAAACAUUGAUCGACGACAUAAAAUCAGUUGAAUAUAUAUAUAAUGAACACGUUAGCAUCUAUUGGACCUACGAUGAAAAUCUAACAAUGGCACAAAAAGAAUUGCAUGAUGAAUAUCUCAUUUAUAUAAGAAAAAAGUCAGAACAAGUGAAAAAUAUCAAUCGCAAUAAUGAGCAUGAACAAGCUCAAUUUGUGCAACAAUUAGAUCAAGAAUGGAAGGAAAGAGAACAAAAAUUGGAACAAAAUAUUAGUGAACAUCAACAAUUUAAAGAUGAUAUUGAUAAGGUUAUUAAAGAUUAUGAAAGACAAUUAGAUGAAAAACGAAAUCAAUUGAAAAAUGUUCAAUUCGAGCUGAAUAAAAAACAAAAAGUUGUUCAUAAAAAGUUGGUUAAGCCACAUCGUGGUUUCAUAAUGUUCGGUCCGCCGGGUACGGGUAAAUCAGAAAUUAUGAGUAAAUUAGCAACUAAAAUCGGCAUACAAAUGGUGGGUCCACCACUAGCCGCUGGUGAAUUAAAUCGUCCACUUGUUGGUGAAUCUGAACGAAUUAUUAUUGCUUUAUGUACACGUUGUAAUCGUAUACCAUAUACACAAUGUUGUGUUUCAAUUGAUGAAAUCGAUUCUCUAGCACCGAAGCGUGACGAAGAUUCAUCUGAAGGCAAAGUUGAUAAGAUUAGUGUUCUACUUAGUCUUAUCGAAGGUAUUAAAGAUAUUCCGAAUUUGAUGAUAUUCUGUGCGACAAAUCGUUUACAUAUGAUGGAUGAAGCUUUUCUAAGACGUAUGUCCGGUAAAUUUUUUGUCGGUCGACCAUCAUCAGAAGCACGACGAAAUAUUCUUUCACAAAUACCGGAUUGGGCUUUGGAACCAGAUAUGUUGGAACGAUUAACUAUUGCUACAACAAAUUUUAGUGGAGCAGCUGUCGGGUAUGUUUAUCAUUUAAAAAAACAUACGAGAAGUUAUGGUUAA